CACAGAUAAAGUUAUUUGAAGUUUCACAACCUGAAAUCGCCAAGAAGAAGUUCUAGUAAAUUCUACUUAAUUCUAGUGGGGUCGACGGACACUAAACCAUUAAACACUCACUAGUCAGGUACGCAUCGUCUAGCCCCAUGCGACACGACACGCUCAAUGUAUCAAAAGGAUUCCCUCCUCCUCUGUUGCAGAAGAAUGUGAAACAGCAGAAACAAUGAAGAGGAGGAAGAGUAGCGGCUAUGAUGGAAAUCAAACAUUUACUCCGUCUCGUCCUCCUAUUUCUUGUCUCUAUUCCCGCUUUGAACGGUGGAGCGUCGAAACGGUAGAUCCAUGUACGUAUUCUUACAUGUAUUUUAGUCGGAGGAGAGAUUAUCAUGGUGGUUUGUUUUGAUUUCGAUUUUGUGUGUGGAUUGUUAGGGUCAAAGCUACAUUAUUCAUCUGUUAGAGAGAUAGCUAGAUGGAGGAAUAAAUAUAUACACACAACCAUACCCCCACCUAUUCCACCCGCCCAAUACUAAUCUUGCAAUAAUCCUCCCAAAGAAACAAACAAGAAUAAUCAACAAAAAUGGCACAAAAACCCCCGCGUAUUAUCGAAUACGAACGACAAGCCGAACAACGCGCAAAAGAACAAGAUGAAAUGGCACUAGCUCAAGACCGCAUGUUGGAAGCACAAUCACGUAUUCAAGAUGAGGCAAAUCGAAUUGCGCAGGAACAGUAUGAGAUGGAGCAGUAUUAUGAGACGGAGGCGUUGAAACAUGCUGAGGAGAUGAGGUUGCAUCUUGAAGAGGUGAGGAGACAUGAGGGUAUGUUUUUCGUUGUUUUGUUGGGUUUUGGAGGGAGGAAGGGAAAGGUGGAUUUUGGAGGUGGGAUUGAGGAGUUGGGUGUAGGAGAUGUUUGGGAAACUGAAGAAUAGGAGAAUCUAACGAAUGAAUAGAAUUUAUGAGGAAACAUGAGAGGAGACUUAAAGAUCAUGAAGCGAGUAUGGAAAGGUUAUUGCUAUGCCUGCAGAAACCAACGAGGGCGAGACAAAUUUCUUUAUGGCGUCGCAGAAUUUUGGUGGAGGUGGGAGUGGGAGUGGGAAUGGAAAUGCGAAUGGGAACGGGAAUGGAGGGAAUGGUAAUGGAAGUCCAAAUGGAAAUGGAAAUGGACUUCUUAUGACGCCGCCGAGAUUACAGCCUGCAUUUCCGGGUUGAGGAGUAAGAGGGAUAAGGAGAAGGAGAUCGAUUAAUUUGAUGAAUGGAUAGGAUGAAAACGUAUGGAAAUACUUUGUUUGUGGAGAAUAGUAUUGAUCUGGAGGGAGGUGAUGGGUGAUGGUAUCUUCAUGAGAAGCUUGGAGAAAAGGACGACGAAGGAAAUUCGAGAAUAUCGAUUAAGAGGAUACCACGAUGAGAGAACUCACGCCUUGGACACAGAAUACCACAAUUUCUCUGUCCAAUAAAUCCUCGAGAAUAAAGCGGUCCACAAUUGCAAACGGGAAUAGGAGUUCCUUUCCCAAUUCUCAACGAUCAAGGAAGGAUGCGACGGAGAGUGCAGCAAUACUAUCGAUCUAUCAUCUACGGAAUAGACAGGAAUCGCAAGCAUGAGAUAGCAGAGGGAACAGGGUUUAUUAGCUUGGUAGAAUUUUGGAGCGGGAAAUACCUAGUAAUGCUCGAAUGAAUGAUUUAUGGAUUGAUGGAUAUGAAGGAUUGAAGGACUGAAGGAAGGUGUUUGGGAUGGGAAUUCUUGGGGGAGUUAUUAGCUGGUAUGCACGUGUGUGUAUUUUGUGUUUUUGCUAUUGAGGUAACCUUAGCUAUAAAAAAUCUUA